ACAUUCACUUAUGCCCCGCCCACCCUACUCUCUCUCUCACCCCAAAACAAUUAUCGAGGAAGGACGGCUCUUUUAUACCUCAAUUGAAAGAACCACAACGCCACAUUACACAUCUUAUAGUGUGUUGUCGAGCAGCACUGAAUAUCGUUCGAUUGCAACUUGCCUCUUUCUUUGAAGAUGGCGCGAAAGCAUGCAUUCCGUUUAGUCUUUGCAUUUCGGAUCUAAACCUGAAGAAAUGUCGAUGUUCGCCGGAAGUAAGAGCGUUUGACUAGCUCAGAUCUACACAAGUGCGUAUCGCUGUAGCUGCAAUUUGGGGAUUUGGUGAGAAAAUGACAUGCAGGCCUCAUUCUGAGCACUUCCAGGUCGGCCUCUAGGGAUCACUGACGGGACAGGACCCCAGCUGCACCCCACCCUGUCUCCCAGGUCCUCCACCAUGACCCCAACCAUGAAGCAGUGGAGGCAGCUGGUUCUGGUGGCGAUGCUGGCCUGGCUCCUCAUCUUCCUGGCCCUGCUCUCCCACUUCCUGGACCCCCGGGACGUGGAGCUCCGCUUGCCCUCCUCGCUCACCCACACCGAGACCCGCCGUCUGGCCUCCAUCCAGGGCAGUCCAUCGGGCAUCAGGGCUUCUCCUCUCGAGGUGUCGUCCUCCUCUUCCCCCGCCAACCAGGACCCCAGCCACAGCCGACAGGGAAAACAGGAGGCCCUGGAGCUGAACCAGAAUGGUGAGGUGGUCUGGAAUGAGGUGGGAGAUCAGGAAAGGGAAGAGAAGAUUAGGAGGGAGAGCCUGAGGAGGAGGAGGAGGAGGAGGAAGAAGAGAGGGGGCAGAGACGAAUACUACUUAUCCCAGUCCAAGGCAGUGGUCCAGUGGCUCCGGAGGGGCAUUGCCUCAGCGGGGAUGCUUGCUCCACACCUGCAGAAGUCCAUGAGGGACUACCUGCAUCUCAACAGGCACCACGUGGCCUACAGGGGGCUGCGCAGGGGUAGGCAGAGCAGGAGGGAUGUACUCUGUGAACUGAAGGAGCAGGCCAGGUUGAGGACACUGGACGGGACAGAGCAACCCUUCUCUGGCCUGGGCUGGGACAGGCUAGUGCCCCCACGACCUCUGGAGCAGCUUUGGGGCCAGGGGUCAAGGUUCAAGUCGUGUGCGGUGGUCACCUCGGCCGGGGCUAUCCUCAACUCUUCCUUAGGGAGAGAAAUUGAUUCCCAUGAGGCUGUGCUUCGCUUCAACGCUGCUCCUACAGAGGGCUAUGAGAAUGACGUGGGCAACAAGACCACCAUCCGCAUCAUUAACUCUCAGAUCCUGGCCCGGCCCAGACAUCGCUUCAACACCAGCUCUUUGUAUAAGGGUAUGACACUGGUGGCCUGGGAUCCUGCACCGUACUCUGUGGACCUGCUCAGGUGGUACGGGAACCCAGACUAUGACCUGUUCACCCCGUACGAGGAACGGCGGCGGCUCCACCCCACACAACCGUUCUACGUCCUCCACCCUAAGUUCAUCUGGCAGCUGUGGGACGUGAUCCAGGGGAACACCCAGGAGAACAUCCAGCCUAACCCCCCAUCCUCUGGGUUCAUAGGCAUCGUCCUGAUGAUGUCGCUGUGCGAGGAGGUCCAUGUCUAUGAGUACAUCCCCUCUCUGCGUCAGACAGACCUGUGCCACUACCACGAGCACCACUACGACGCCGCCUGCACCCUUGGGGCGUACCAUCCCCUGCUCUUUGAGAAGCUACUGGUCCAGAGGAUGAACAGCGCCUCGCAACACGACCUCAAAACCAAGGGCAAGGUCACGCUCUCUGGGUUCAACGCAGUCAACUGUGGGCCCUGACCUUUGACCUCCUAUGGCCAUCAAGAGACGGCGCGUGCCGAUACUAAUCAAGCAACUGAAGAGACUAAGUUGAGUCAGCACUGUCGUCUGUGGGCCAUGCUCUGGCGUUUGACCUUUGACCUGGACAAAAGUGAAGAGGAGGAGAGUGGUGCCAAUACUAAUCAAUCUUAGGCUGUAGAGGUUAAGCUAGCGUGCUCCAGAACUGCUUUUGCCGCAAUGGAUAGUGUCAAACUGAAGCUGCUCUGGCCAUCCGGUUCGGAGACCAGAGACUGUCAGGGUGUUGAAAUGAUAGUUGUUUCACAAGCCGUUUAAACAUUAAAAGAAGUGAAAUAGUUUAAAGGCCGAACUCUGAAGUGACGCCUACAGAGGAACUUCUUCGUUUUCGCUGAGCCUGGAAAAAGACAAAAACAGCCUGUUGCUGCUGGUUAGGAUAGCAAUAGUCAUCAAUGUUGUAAGGAGGGGGGGGGGGUUUAGGGCAUGUGGAUGUCAUGUCGUAUUGUGUAAUGAAGUAGUCCUUCAGGAAUGUAUUCCUACUGGAGAGAUGGGUCAUCUUUUUAAGGUAUUGUUCUUGUGACACAAUGUUGUACAUGGGUGAGGUCUGGGUAUGAACGUGGAAAAGUGAUCUAUGGAUUAAAAUAUUGAACAUCGGUCAAAAGGCAUUUUUUGCCGAUUCAACUAAUCAGGUGCAUUUCCAUGUACAGGUCAUGCAUGGGAAUAGAGAAUUGAAAACAUGCAGUGUAAAGGGUUUACUUGAGAGGGUAGGUUUGAAUUUAAGCAGUUCAAAAAGCACGUUGUGUUCCUUUUUGGUUUAAAAAUAUUGCAGACCUUAUUUGAGAAAUUCAGGGAUAGUAGUGUAUGUAGGUCUAUGAGGAAAAACAACUUUUCUUUUCACUUUUUUUGUGUAUGGACCAGUCUUAACCUAACCACUGGUGUGUGUGUGUGUGUGUGUGUAAGGAACUUUCUUAUCAGUGUCCUCGAUGUACGUACGCUAUUUAAAGUUACUGUACCGCAAGACCAGAUGGUCAAACUGACAACAGUUACUUUUCCUGGCCUUGACAUGAUUCUACAGCCACACUGUGUAAAUAGAAUGUAAAUGUGGUUUGUUUGCCUAUUGAAGUCUUGUCAAGUGUAAUGCAAUGAAUGCAGCUAUGAAUAGUUUGAGGCGCAUUUAUAAAAAAAAAUGUUAAAAAAAGUUUAACCUUUAACUAGGCAGGUCGGUUAAGAACACAUUCUUAUUUACAAUGACGGCCAAACCUGGUGUGUGCCGCCCUAUGGGACUCCCAAUCACAGCCGGAUGUGAUACAGCCUUGAUUUGAGCCAGGGACUGUAGCCUCUUGCACUGAGAUGCAGGGCCUUAGACCAGGAGCGCAGUGGUCUAAGGCUUUUGGUAAUGGUGAUAGACUUGAUACUGUGCCAAAUGUUCCCUGUGUGAAGUUAACUGUUAGUUAACACUACAUCUUCUAGAAAUUAACCACUACAAAAGCAAAGCAGAGGCCUCAGCUUAGAAAUAUAAAUGGACAAAAUGUCCUUACGAUGAUUCACUUGUUUGUGUACAUUGUGAAUGGAAUGCACAAAAACACAACAAUAGAAAUGUGAAGUGUUGGCUGAACUACUGUUGGAGGGUAAACACUAAUAUUGACACCUUUUGGGAUCUUUAAACAAAAAUCCUGUUUUUACAGAAUUUUCUAUAGCCAGAAUCAGUUUGUACUGAACAUCAUUUGUUAGUUUGUCUAAAAUUUGUAUUUCUUUUCCAUUCUUUUAUACUUAAACUGUUGUGAAUAAAGAUAUCUUACUUGC